AUGUUGAAGGCUGGCGGGGACGACGAUCUUGACGCGGACCGGCGCGAAAGAGGCUUUGGCAGGGACUUAGUAGAGCCGUACGAAGGAUGGCAAGACAUUACGUUGCCCUAUGAUCCUGACGAUAGGGAGCAGCGCGAUGUCCGCGGCAAGAUGCAGCUGGUCAUCGCCAGUUUUGUCGAUGUCGCGCUGCAAAGCCUCAACCCAGACAAUCCCGAUAAAGAACGGCAUCACCUCGUACCAGUAGCAGACCAUUCCAAAGCGGUAGAGGCUUUCAAGAAAGUUACGGAGGGCGCCAAAAGGACCUUCCUCGGUAGCGCAAGUAAGGGUACCCUUGAGGGCCUUGGUAGACAGGACGUCACAAUCCUCUACUAUACCUCUGCCAGCCAAAUAUAUAUUGAUACGUGGCCGAGGACGUACGCGGUGGGAUACGAUAACCUCAACAACACGCCCAUCAUGGCUUGGGCUCGGACUAUCUUCGCCAAGUUUGGGAUGUCCAGCGUCAACGACGAGAUCAACGAGCAGAGGAUCGCGGUGGGUCAGGAACCCAUCACUACCGUCGCGAGGCGUCGCCGUUAG